AUGAGCAAGCACAUUUGGCCCCUUCAACCACCUCAAAGGUUGCGAAUCAGCAACAGCGUAGUAGAUCUACCGGAGUUCAAUAAUAAUGAUAUUCUACAAGUUGAAUCGUUGGCACAGGUUAAUGUUUUGAUAAUGUUGACACCAGCACGAGUCUUAGUUUACAACUUGAGACCAAUGGCUUUAGUCGCUAGCCAUGAGAGAACUGCUGAAUCAAUUGCAGAAUUUGGACCUAACAAGUUCCUGACAAGGUCUGAUGCCCUCGAAGAAGCUGUUGAGGGAUUGAUCUCUGAGAAGGAAGUGGAAAAUUUAAUAGGACAUCAGGGCAAGAUUAUAUUUCAUGUGGCAACUGAGAAGAAUGCUUUGCUAACUUAUCAGAUAUUAAAGAAUUGCACCAAUAUGACUACUUUUAAAAACUAUGGUAUCCCAGUAGUGGACUUAGCUAACCUCCAAGAUGAAGAUCAUCAAGAAUAUGACGAAAAUUUAGAUGACGACACUUUGACCGUUUUUGAGAAGGAUAAAUCUUCCAAGAUAAUUCAAAAUGGCUACUGUGUUACCAAGGAAACUGGAUUCCUACAAUUCUUAACCAGUUCACAGGAUAGUACAGAUGAGUUACCUCUAAAGAAAUUGGAACUUCGACUUAAAGUGGUCCUUAAAUUUGAUUAUCCAGUUUUAGACAUGAUUGGAUUUAAAAGACUAUCAGAUACAGGGGAUGGUAAAGCUGAAGAGAGUUUGCUGCUGCUUUUCCCACAUGGUUUGCAACAACUGACAAUGAUUGAUUUCAAAUUAAAGGAUACUUACCUGGUUGAGCUGAUUGAUGGAAAAAAAAUAUGUAUUGUCCGUGGUCAAGUAAUGGUAGUCUCACAAAAUGAAGAUUUGUCCAUCCUAGUGCAUCGUCUUGGCAUUUCAAGCCAGAUACAUAAAGAUACUGAACUUCGGAUUGGAGAAAAAUUGCUUAAUUGCUUCGAAAUGAAUGGGAUAAUGGUAUUAGCUUUCACCCAAACUAUUUUGUACUACGAUCCGGUAUCGGACAAGAUAGGCGGUAAAUGGAAUAUCGGGUCCCAGAUCAAAACGUGUGGUAAAUUGAACAAUAGUACUCUUUUGAUUAUUACACAAGCAGGUUCGAUAAGAUUCUAUUCACAGUAUGGUAACCUACUGUCCUGCACAGCAUCUGAUGAUGACGACGAUCAAGAUAACGAUGAGCGCCAAAGUUAUGAUCACUCUAGUUUCACCUGUGUGGAUAAAAUCCUAGUUAUUGUUACACAUAGUGGUGAAUACGAGAUGUGGGAUUUAUGGGAAGAAUUGCCUCAAACUUUCUCAGAUAAUAGAUUUCAACGGGGAUAUGCUUUGCAAAAUAGUAAUAACGAUAUUGCCAUUUAUUCACCUCCAAUAGAUAAUUCAACUAAUCAACAAUUUUUGAACACUAUCAAAUUACCUACAUCCACUAUUAACAAUUGCAUAAGUCUCUUUAGAGUGAAUCCCACUUUCAAGAUGUCAGCGGUUUAUGUGGCAAAUAAGAGCGUUUUGCUGCUUCAAAACAUGGAAACAAAUUCAUGGUACUGCUUCAGAGAUAUAACCAUCAUCGACAUGCAUUGGUUGGGUUCCACAUAUUUGGUGUGUCACAUUAAACAAGAAGAUUGUAGUCACGUCGUGCGAUGCUUCCGUUUCCCAUUGCAGGAUUUAGACACUUCAGAAAUUGAGAAGUACCGUCUAUGGGAGUACGAAUUGCCAUCUCAUGAACAGUUACAAAGUUUUCAUGUGAAUACUGCCGUUAGGUACAGAUUACUUAGAGUAAAGGCUCGCGAUGGUGAAGAAGUUGACAAGUACGGCGAGAAGUUCUUUCGUACAGCGGAUAUUGUACUGGUGACUAGCCAUCAAAUCAUGGUGUUCGCAGUGAUUUCUACCAUGCACUGGUCUGGUCUAAAUGUGAUAAAGAAAUUCUACGAACAGAUGAAAGUAGAGAUCCCAUUGACGGAUAAAAUCAACUGGAUUACUAACCAUAAGGAAGGAUUGGUGUAUUUGUCUAGAAACAAACUCAUCAAAAUGGAUAAAGAACAUGGAGGUUGGAGGUCACAAGUGGUCCUCCGUGACGUGGAACGUAUUAUCGAUCUAGUUGGUGAAGAUAUCUUUUUAGUAAAGAACCAGAGCGUUCUCAUCUACAAAAUGGAUGAUCUUUACGAAUCUUUACCAGCUCUUUUAUCGUCUCCCAUUGAAGAUUUUUAUCCAGUGUCUCUGACACCAGAAUCCGCUACCAUACAUGGCCUGCAUUGCAUCUUUCAACCCAACUACGUAAAACUUGUCAUUAAGCACAAGAUUUACUUGGAUCAGAUGAUAAAGGCUAAGAUUGCACUCGGUGUAAGUGCUCAAGAUAUCAUGAUGGAAUACGGAUCGUUGAGGCAUUACAAUUUUGCAUUGGAAAAAAUAUUGUCUACCAACAUUUUAACUAAUGAGUCUCUAGAUGGUAUAUUGCCACUAGUUAAAUUGUGUGAUAAUGAAGGUACGGCUAUUAGCGGACACAGCAAUAUGCUAGAAAUAGUCAGUAACAGUCUGAGAAAGAUAGAAACGAAACAUUGGAACAUUUUGUUUUCGAAAUUGCAAAUGACUCCCAAAGAUUUAUUAGCUAAAUGUCUCGAAGGUAAAGACGCCAAGAUUCUAGGUGUUCUUCUGCUAGUGUUUCUCAAUUACGACAAGACAGAUUUUAUGGAAGAUUUGAGAAGCGGUGACGACACAGUGGCAGAUGUGAUUGAAGACCAAGAUAUGAUGCUAAGUGUCUUGAGAUUGCUCGUUACCAGUGCAGCUAACGCUACAGACAGCACGCUUGCUGCCGAUUCAUGGGAUAUGUGCUUCCAGCUGAUGCGACUGCUCAAGGCCUUAGACAAGGGCAACAACACCAAUCUAGUACAGGAAGCAUUACAAAUGAUAAAUCCAUCUUCCUCAGAAUAG